AUGCAAACGUUGGAAGAAAUAAGUAGGUGCGGUUAUACCAGAGUGUGGAUGAUUGGAAAAGAUUUUAAAGCCAAAGAAUGUAGUAUAGAAAUAAAUCAUGGUGGAAUAAUCCAAUUUAUUUGUUGUGAUGAUGAAUUUACGCUUAUUUUGUUAAAAGGAAAUGGAAUAUAUAAACAUCAUUUACGAUAUUUAUCAGAUGACAUGAAAUUUCAAUAUGAGGUUUUAAUAUUGAAUUAUCCGGAAAGAAUUAUUAAUGCUUUAAAGUUUAAUUGUAGUGAAUACAUUAGUAGGUAUAUGAUCGUACCACCGAGUGAUAUCGUGCGUAAAUAUCUUUUGAGAUGCUUAGAUGCUUCCGGGAGAGAUCCAAAUUGGAGUAUAGAAAUUUUUUAUUUAAAAACUAAUCAAUUAGUGAAUGUAUUUAAAAGGUAUAAAUUUGUUUUAUCAAUUUUGGAUCGUGAAAAACCAGGCGUAUUUACGAUAUCUAAUGAUGAAAAGCUAUUAGCAUAUGUAUCUGGAGAUGACCUUAAAAUAUAUUUAUUAGAAAAUGGUCUUGAAUUAUCAUCUUUAUCAUGUGAAAAUGGAAUGUUUGAUGUGGAAUUUAUGAAAUUUGUCAUGAACGAUGAAAAAUUAUUAAUAUUCAAAGCCGAUAGGACUGCAGCAAUCUGGGAUAUUUUUAGUUCUGUUAGAGAAUCUAUCGACUUCAUACCUUUGGAGAAAAACACGUCUUCAGGAUUAGCCAAGCAAAUGACGAGAAUAGUCAUCGGACCUAGAUUAGAAAAAUCAGAAAAUUUAGAAUAUAAAUAUUUUACGAUCCUUAAUAUAAGGCCAUUCUUUGACAUUGAUGAAAAUCAAAUAGCUUGGGAUAAAUUAGACAUAAAUGACCAUUUGACAAGAACGGGUGUUGAUCCAGAUUGGAGAUAA